AUGAUAAUUCGCAAAAUCUUCAAUAUCUUUUGUAAAGUUGAAAGACUUUUUCAUAAAAUGUCUGCUUCUAAUACUAAGCCGUUUACUGUUCUCGUCGAGGGCAAUAUAGGAAGUGGAAAGACAACAUUUUUAGAACAUUUUCAACAAUUUGAAGAUAUAACAUUACUUACGGAACCUGUUGAGGAAUGGCGCAAUUUAAGAGGAUGGAAUCUUUUGGAUUUAAUGUACAAAGAUCCAUCGAAAUGGGCAAUGACCUUCCAAGCAUACGUUUCGAUGACUAUGUUAGACAUGCAUCGACGGCCAACUAGUACUCCAGUAAAGUUAAUGGAAAGGUCAUUGUUUAGUGCUAGAUAUUGUUUUGUAGAACAUAUGAUGAGAAGUGGAACCCUACAUCCAGCACAGUUUGCUGUUCUUGAUGAAUGGUUUAGGUUUAUACAAAGAGAAAUACCCAUCGAGGCUGAUCUUAUUGUAUACCUUAAAACCACACCAUCAGUAGUUCAUGAGAGGAUAAAAAAAAGAGCCAGAUCUGAAGAACAAUGUGUCCCAUUGUCAUAUAUCGAAGAAUUGCAUACAUUACAUGAAGACUGGCUUAUUAACAGAACAUUCGCUGAGUGUCCUGCACCUGUUCUUAUGAUAGAUGCUGAUCUAGAUCUAUCAAAAAUAACUGAAGAAUACAAAAAGAGUGAACAUCAGAUCCUGCGGAGAGCUGUGGAUGUUAUUAUGCAAUCACCAAACAAAAUGAGCCCAAAGAAACCGGUCACUGGUACUCCAAUUAAACUAGUGCCACAUAUAAAACUU